AUGGACGCCGAUGGCGGUGGCACUGCCCCAGCGCCGGCGUCGCACGGGCACGCCGGCGUCUCCAACCGCGCCUCGACGGCGCUCGCGGCCGUCAGCGUCUUCCUCAUCCUGCUCUGCCUCUUCUGGCGCUUCAUCUGGCAGUGCCUGAAGCACGAACGCAGAGGCGGUCCCUCCAGCGCUGCCGCUACAGCUACCUCCUCCUCCUCGUCGGCGUCCACUCCGCCACCGUCAUGCCCGUCUCGGGACGGGGCGGCGGCCUACGUGGCAGGGGAGGCGGCGCGCCGCACGCCUCGCGCGACGACGAAGGCGACGUCGUCGCCGCUCCCGGUGUUCGUGCGCGUGGCGGCGGCGGGAUUCGGCGCGGAGAAGGUCGACUGCGCGGUGUGCCUGGCGGAGCUCGGGGACGGUGAGGCCGCCACGCGGCUGGUGCCGGGCUGCGGGCACGGGUUCCACGCGGAGUGCAUCGAGGCGUGGUUCCGCGUCAACUCGACGUGCCCGCUCUGCCGCGCCGCGGUGGCCGCGGCCGCCUCGGGGCAGAGCGCCGGAGAGGCUCCGCAGUACUGCAGCAGCGUAUGGUAG